AUGUUUCUCCGCAUUUUACGGACGUUGGAAGAACGUGAUGAAUACUUCCAGUAUAGGGAAGACGGUAUCGGCAGACCCAGACUUACGCCGUUGCAGAAGUGCACGGUUGCGAUCCGGCAGAUGGCCUACGGCACCAUAGCGGAUAUGUUCGACGAGUACCUUCACGUCGGUGAGACAACUUGUCGCGAAUGUCCGAAGAAUUUGUAUAGGGGAGUUGUGGAGGCUUUUGACGACACAUAUUUGCGACGCCCGGCUGCUGAUGAUUUCAAGAGCCUGCUGAGGAUGCACGAGACGGUGCAUGGCUUCCCUGGAAUGCUAGGAAGCAUCGACUGUCUGCACCGGCAGUGGAAGAAUUGCCUAAUGGAGUGGAGAGGUCAAUUUACUAGUGGCUACAAGGGCAGCCACCCGACGAUGAUCCUGGAAGCCAUCGCUGAACACCGGCUCUGUAUCUGGCAUGCAUAA